AUGGUCAGCGGACGGCAGUACUACGAGAUCCCGCCGGCAAGCCAAACUAUGGCCAUCUCGGACAACGGCAACCGGCGAUUCGACCCCGAUUACGGCCUCGACUACGGCCAUCACAAGUACGGAUACGGCGGUGUCGAUAAUCCUGCAGACCACUAUCGAUGCGCCGCGCGGGCGGUUCCUGGUAUUAUGGGGGCCGCUGGCGCAAGACAGUCGCUGUCGGCUCUGGACCAGAAGCGUGCCAACGAGAUCCGACACGGCGUUUACGCACACGUUUUCCUUGAUGUCAAAAAUAGCCACAAAUCAGACACUUUGUAA